AACAGUAAGAUGUGACGUUCAAAUUGAUUGAGCGGUUAAGGUGGCAGGAAAGAUUCCAAAUACAACUAAGACAAUAUUCUGAUUAAGAUCAAUAUUUCUGGGAAAUGGUCCAUCUUGCAUAUCAGGGGCCUGACUCCCAUUAACCUUAUCCCAUUGCGGGUCUGACCCGACCCACGAUGAGCUCCAUAAAAAGGCCUUCUCAUAGCAUAUAUGGAGAGAAAAAUAUAUUUAAAAAAAUUCUUAAUAUGACACUCUAGGCGUCAUUACAAUGAAUUUUUGAACAAUACUUUCGAGUUCAAUUGUCGAGUUGUUAUUGUUCAGUGAAAUGUUUCGCUGUGCGGAAAAAGUUCUUUCGAGAAUAACGAGAAAUAAAAUGAAUAAAAGGUAAAUUUAAUAGGAAAUUGUGUCUAUUUAUACGAAUUCUUUAUUAUUAUGUAAGAAUUAAUGGAAUUUGUUUGUAGUAGGAGAGAAGAUUCUGAACCGAGUGUUCAAGAAAAUAAAGAUUACCCAUUACAGAUUGACAAAGAUUCGCCUGCAACAAAAUGUGACUCCUCGAAUCUAGGCGAGUCGCAGUUGCAAGCAAAUAACCCGAUGAAAGGUAAAUUUAUGGAAUUUUUAAGAAAUUUAUUCCAUAAAUUCUUGUUGUGUUGUUGCAUUUCAGGCGAGAUUUCUGAUUCCGAGACUUACGAACCGGAAAAGAAACUCGCAGAUUCAAAGCAGGAACACGACCGUUUCGAUAAAGCCAAAUAUUAUAUUGACAAGUACAAAAUUACUAAAGAAAUUGGACGUGGAAGUUUUGGGACUAUUUAUUUGGCUAAGACCAAAUAUUCUAGAAAGAAAAAGGCUUUAAAAGUCGUAAAGAAGAAAGUCUCUUCUUCUAAUCAGUUUGGUGAAAUCCGGAGAGAAACAAUCGUUUGGAAUUGCGUGUCCGCCCAUCCAAACAUUGUCAGAUUGAUUCGAUUCCUGCAAACUGACACAGCCUAUUGCUUUGUCUCGGAUUUUGUCCAGGGAGAAACUUUGACCGAAUUUGUACAAAAGAAUGGCCCUAUACCGGAGAGAAAAGCAAAAGUGUUUGCCGCUCAAGUGGCCUCUGCUAUUAUGUAUAUUCAUAGUAAUGGAAUAAUACACCGAGACAUUAGUUCAAACAACGUUAUGUUAGAUGUGUACAAAGGUGCACAAGUAAUUGAUUUCGGUCUAUCCACAGUAAGCAUUAUACAUUGUAAUAUUCUUGAAUUGUAGAUUUUUAUCGAUCUUUUAACUAUUCUAUUAUUAUUUCUUUUAGUAGGAACGAAAUCCAAGAGGUUUUUGUGGAACUUUAUCAUUUAUGUGUCCGGAAAUUCUUCAGAGGAAGCCUUACGAUUUUUACUGUGACUGGUGGGCUUUCGCCAUCGUGUUAUUUCAAGCGUUGGUUGGAAGAACACCUCUAGAGAUUUAUGUGAAAGAAACUUUCAAUAUUGAUAACGUGUAUUUAUUGCCACGUUACGACCGGAUAAGAGCUGCUCUAAAUGUGAAGGUGUCGUAUCCUGCUGAAUUAUCGGAUGAUACCAAACAUUUUAUUUAUGACAUAUUGCAAAAGGACCCGUACAGACGUCCUCUAGAAGUAAAUAUAAGAGAACACGAGUAUUUUCUUAAAGUGCCUUGGCCCAAAAUUACUUAGGGUUUUCGGCAGAAUAAACUGAAAAUGAAGUUCGGAUCUUUCUUGAAAUCAAUGUGGAAG